CAACACAAAAACAACACUCCUACUUCUUUUCUCCCUGCUCUGUGUAACUCUGUUCACUCUGCGCCCAUUUUCAUGAAUACAUAUAUUUAUAUCAGAACACGUAUCACACCAAACCUUUUUUUUUACCCUCCUCCUGUUUUACUUUCUCUGACCUCGGUAAACGUUUUUUUCACUUUCCCUUCCCUUAUUCCGUACAUGUCACUCCCUAUAAAAACACAACAGAGUGAAAAGUUAUAGUAGUAGUGAGAAACUUUAUUACUGCAGUCAAACUCUAACUUUUGGUCCUCUCCAACAAAAAAAAAAAACAAACAAUCCGUAAUGACAAUAUCCCAUUUGCUAUUCAAUACACUACUAAUACUAUUUUCUGUCUUCAUAUUUAUCCAGUAAAACAAAUAAAUUAUUAAAUAUAGAUAAAAGAGCUCAAACUUAUUAUUACUUCCGUUCAUUAUCCUUCUAUCAGUUUAAGAGAGUGUACUGUACAAGAAAAUAAACAAAGCGAUCAGUGGGGAGUGUACGGUGUCGGUUCAACCAACUAGCUCUCGAGACACAAAUUUUGCCGUCGAUUAAUUUGUUCAGCUUGAUGGACGGCGGAGAUUCGAUAGUCAGCUCAGCUUCCAAGUCCGAAACAUGCAAGAGCCACAAGGAAGCAGAGAGGAGACGCAGGCAGCGAAUUAAUGCCCAUCUCUCUACUCUCCGCUCUCUCCUUCCUAACAUUACCAAGACGGACAAAGCUUCUUUGCUAGCGGAGGUGGUGCAUCGGGUAAAGGAGCUGCGUGAAAAGGUUGCUGAGGUGGUGCGUAAGGAUGGAGAAAUUUGGUGCGGUGGCACUGGUGGCUCGGAACCUGACUCGUGGCCGUUUCCGACCGAGUCGGACGAGGCGAGUUUGAGCUACUGUGAGGGAGGAGAUACAAAGCUGGUUAAGGCGACCGUGUGCUGCGAGGACAGACCGGGUCUGACCCGAGACAUGGGUCGGGCUAUCCGGUCUGUGCGGGCGAUGCCGGUUCGGGCCGAGAUGAUGACGGUUGGGGGGCGGAGUAAGAACGUGGUUGUGAUGCAAUGUGGCGGUGGGGAAGAAGAUCUUAGGGCCUUGAGAAGGGCUUUGAAAGCUGUUGUGGAGAAUCGGGUUCCGGGUUCUGGACAGGACCAAUCCGGUUCUGGGAAUAAGCGGGCUCGGCUCUAUGGUUCGGUUAACGAAGGCGAUUAUGAACUUUUAUUAACUGAAAAUUAUGUGUAAUAUAUUUUGUUAAAAAACAAAUUAUAUAAUCUUUCUCGUUCUUAGGAAAGUCCAAAAAUCACUUACUGAUAAAAUAUAUAUUUAUAUAAAGUAUACAACUCAAGGAACGAUUGGUAAUGUUUUCAGAAAAAAAAAAAGAAAAAAAAGGAACGAUUGGUAAUUUGGUA